GAGAAGGAGGGGCGACUCUAAUGGCGCAUCGCUGUCCGUCAGAUACAGCUCCCCACAAAUAAACAACAGCAGUCCUUCACGAGCGUGCUAAAUUUGUACUUCUGUCGGUCGCACUGCGCCGCAGCCGAGCUUUGCGUAUUCGCUCAUUGAGCAGAUCGUCUGGGCUUGUGUUUAGCGGCUCCGCGGAGUGCAGAGGCCCAGAGGAAAGACGGCGGAUCGAAAAUAUGUAACAAACAUCACCAUGACGUCCAGAUUUAGUAAAACUUACACUCGGAAGGGAGGACAGGCCAGCUCGAAGUUUGAUGAGGUGUUUUCCAAUAAGAAAGCCACUCUCAGCACCAAAUGGGGAGAGACAACCUAUAAGGCCCAACUGGGGGUCAAACGGCCCUCGUUCAAACCAGAGGUCCCAGAGCUGACCAAACGACCUCGAUUUGAUGAUGACGAUAGCUCAGAGGAUCCAUUUGGCUUUGACAGCGAUGACGAGUCCAAAACUGUAACGUCCAGAGGUACUCCCCAGUCUGAGGUGGACUCAGACGUUGCAGGGACUGGAAAUGAGCAGUCCAAGACAGCCCAGACAGAAAAACCCAAUGUGGCCAUGGCAGUGACCAGUGAAGGCACCUCCACCCUGGGGAGCAACCCAAGCAUCGGCAGAGAUGUGGUUUGUCCCAACAGCCCAGCUAAAACAAUUCCAGCUUCAUUACAAAUCUCUAGUACUGGAGGAACUUGGAACAACUCCUGUCUCACAGUGAGCAACCCACUCUCCCAGCCCUUAAGUUUAAAGAUCCACAGCAGAGACUUCCCUGAUGACUGGGACUCUCUCGGGGCAGACUCUACUCCAGGGGAUGAGGAGCACAGCUCUACCCAGGCUUGGAACUACUCUGAUGGGCUCAAGAGCUCAGAGCAGUGCCCUGCUGAACCUGAACCUGUGGUGGAACCUGUUGACUUUGAGCAGCUUCCGCUUCUUAAACCAGCCAUUGAUAGAGUGUACCGACGACCCAACCGGAAUAAAGCGGCAGAUAGUUCUGCAGCCGGUGAUGUGCCAAGCCCUGCAGUGGGUUCUACACCACCUGUAGGAUCUACACCAGCCCCUGCCUCUGUAAAGAGCACCAGCACAGGGGUUGCUGGGAGUUCGGAGGUCAAGCCCGCAGGUCGGGGCAGGGUGAGGGACUACACCGUUCUUCACCCGUCCUGUGUGUCUGUGUGUAAUGUGACCAUCCAGGAUUCGAUUGAAAGGAGUGUGGAUGAGUUUGUGAGCCCAGCACCUGCCGACUUGGGAGAUGCAGGAAUUUUCCGGAGGAAAACAGACACACAACCUGUGAAGCCUACCAGGUUCAGGCCCACCCAGAGUAAAAGUAAGAAGGAGACGAAACUGGAGUUUUUUGGCUUUGAGGAGAAUGAGGCUCAGGGCGCAGAUGGAGAGGCCACAGUGUCUGGCAGCACCAGCUACAAGAUCAAAUACUUUGGUUUUGACGAGCUGAGUGAGAGCGACAGUGAUGAAGAGGAAGACUCCGUAGCAAAACAGUGGAAAGAGAAGAAAGCAGCUAUGGCAGCCCUUUCGGCCAGCCCGAACAGUCCCCAGAUCAGCGAUUCUCCGGAGAGUCAACAGAGUGAAAGCAGCGCAAAUACAGAUUCUCAGGAGUCAUUAGAUGAGAUGGGCUCCAUAGGGUCACUGAGAGAGCGGCACGGAAAGCAGACCGACAAGUCAAAGGAGAUCGGUCGCAAGAUCUUCAGUGGGCCAAAAAAAGUAAGCCUAAAAAAAUCUCCUGCUAAAGCGGUGUAUAACGCUCGUCACUGGAAUCAACCCGAGCCAGAGGAAGUGCCUUCAUCUGCUUCCUCCCAUACUGUGACUGUACCUAAGGCCAGUGUGUCAGAUGGCAGCAAAGACACAAAUUCCCAUAAAGACGAUGGAGUGUUUAAAGCUCCGCCCCCUCCUCCUAAAGUCAUCAAGUCUGUCACUAUUCCCACUGAGCCCUACCAGGACAUUGUCACUGCACUCAAAUGCAGGAAGGAGCACAAGGAGUUGUACACAGUGGUCCAGCAUGUGAAGCACUUUAAUGAUGUGGUGGAGUUUGGGGAGAAUCAGGAGUUCACUGAUGAUUUUGAGUAUCUGGAGACAGGCUUGAAGAGCACACAACCCCUCAACACACGCUGCCUUAGUAUAAUCGGUCUGGCUACACGAUGUGCCAUGCCCAGUUUUCGCAUGCACCUGAGAGCCAGAGGGAAGGUGGCCCAGGUCUUUAAGAUGCUAAGUGAUGCCCAACAACAUCCGAACUUAGCACUGUGCACAGCGUCCCUUAUGUACAUUCUUAGCCGAGACCGGCUGAACAUGGAUCUGGACCGGUCCUGUCUGGAGCUGAUGAUCAGGCUGCUGGAACUAGAGCAGGACGACUCUGUAGCAGACCAGCUUACAGCGAAAGAGAUAAGCAGAGUUAAAGAGAAAAUCCGUAAACUCUGUGAAACAGUCCACAACAAACAUUUGGACCUGGAGAACAUCAACACGGGCCAUUUAGCAAUGGAGACGCUUCUGUCUCUGACGUCAAAGCGAGCAGGAGACUGGUUUAAAGAAGAGCUGCGUCUACUGGGGGGACUUGACCACAUCGUAGAUAAAGUGAAAGAGUGUGUGGAGAAUUUAAGUAAAGAGGAGGAUAAGGAGAGUCUGGUGGCGUCCUUAUGGGGAGCAGAGCGCUGUUUACGGGUUUUGGAGAGUGUUACGGUCCACAACCCUGAGAACCAAGCUUAUCUGAUCGCCUACAAAGAGUCCCAGCUCAUUGUGUCUUCGGCAAGGGCUCUGCACUAUUGUGAACAGAUGAUACAGCGUUACAGCCGAGAGGUCUCUUCAUCUAGCUCUGUCCUUCUGCAGAGUAGUCAUGGCAACGUGGGCAAGGCCGUGGAGGAUUGUAUGAGAGCUGUUAUUGGAGUUCUUCUCAACCUUACACAUGAUGAUGAAUGGGGCAGCACUAAAACAGGUGAGCAGGAUGGACUCCUACUGACAGCUCUAGACUGUGUUCUGAAGGUUCCUCGUUAUUUGCCUCAGGAGCAAAGAUUUGACAUCCGUGUGCUGGGAUUGGGACUGCUGAUAAAUCUGGUGGAGUACAGCGCCAGAAACAGACACUGUCUGGUGGAGAUGGAGGUGGACGUAAGCUACCUGAUGGAGACGCAGGGAGAUGUGAAGAAGCAGAAUGAUGUGAAGAUGGAAGGAGAGGAGGGGAAGAAGACAGAGGAACAAAAAGAGGAUAAAACAGUGGGAGAGGACGAGAAGGAAUCCACAACACAAAAGUCAUUAAAUGCUCUGGCAGCUCUAGUACAGCUCUUCCUGGAACGGGAGCGAGCUGCUGUUCUAGCUGAGGCACAGACUGAUGACCUCAUCAGUGAGACACCAAAGUCUCAGGCAGACCAGAGCGGAGAGUGGCAGGAAACUUCCGGAGAGAUCCAGUGGGUCGCCUCGGAAACCAACGACACCAAUGAAAAGAAAGAGGAGGAGGAAGAGGAGCUUGAUCUUAAUAAAGCCUUGCAGCAUGCUGGGAGACACAUGGAGGACAGCAUUGUGGCAUCAUACACAGCUCUUCUACUUGGGUGCUUAUGUCAGGAGAGUCCGAUGAAUGUGAAAACAGUGCGGGAAAACCUUCCUAAGGGUGAUUUCUCUAUCAUGACUGAAAUGCUGAAGAAAUUCCUUAAUUUCAUGAACCUGACGUGUUCUGUUGGAACCACAGGACAGAAAUCUAUCUCACGGGUGAUCGAAUACUUGGAGCACUGUUAGCAGAGGUGUGAUGGCCCCCCCCCUUCCGUGGGAUAAAUCUGGACCUGGCAAUGUGCCUUAGGCCCUUUAGGAAAGGAAGCAGCAGCUUCGGUGGUAAAUGUGGUUUGCGUCGCUACGAUCACAUCACCUGAGUGACUCUCUGGCACUGGAGAGACUUGCACCAUUCUUUUAGUUUUUAAGUUGUGUUUUCAAAUGCCGUCUCUGUCUAUCUCUUUCUUGCACACACAUAAACCUAUGGCUCCAUUAACACCUUGCAUUCAAAUAUGUUUUUGGUGAUCAGAUUGCGGUCGGAUUGCACUUGACCACAUUCAAUGACAGGUGUAAAUGCACCCAAGACGCGUUGUGAACAGAUCGUGAUCAGAUCACUGAAACCACAUUCGGUGGUGGUCAGAAAAGAAUACUGACCACAUUCACAGAUGUAAAUGCAAAUGCUUUUUUGUUAUCCGGACACAACUACACAAGUUAUUAAUUAUGUGAUGAGUUUACACUACAGUCAGCCUUUGUUAAAGUGCUGUGUUGUGGGUUCUUGCGUUUUUCUGUUAAUUCUGUUAAAGUGAAGAAAAUACCAGACAACUGCUGUGUUGCAAUCUUGUCACCUGAACAAUUAACAAAAUCCCAUGAAUUAAUCCAUUGGAAUGCAUUUGGGAUAUCCUGUCGCUCUCCUCAAAUCCCUCUUGCUCUCGUCUCUCACCUGUUUUCUAAUCAAAUGUGACACUCACAUGAAACCAGGCUUCACUCGCACAAUUCAGAUUAAGCAUAUGUAGCCAAGUGCCGAAUGCUUACUUUGGCAACCCAAAAUUUAGAUUUGUUGGCCUCCAAAAAAAUUUAAAUGAAGGAAAAACCCUGACUGUUAACGUAAUAGAAAGCAUUUGAAUUAUUAUUAUUAUGUUUUCAAAAUUCGUUAAAAGUCUGAGAAUUUUCCGUUACCACAGCCUCUGAUAUAAUAUGCAAGGUCAUUUGCAUGGGUAAUUUUGAUCGGAUCUCUAUCCGAUCACAGUGGAGACUCAUUUGACUGCAAGGUGUAAAUAAAAUCCAGCUAAAGAUCAUCCAGAUACUGGAUAUGAGACACAUGUUAAUGCAAGGUGUUAAUGGGGCCUAUGUGUUUCCAUAAUGUUUUGUUUAAAAGCACUGAUCCUAAUUUAAAAUUGGUUUAUGCUCUGUUAUGAAACAAAACGCAUUCUAAACCAUUUCACAGUUAAGUAACAUAUUGAUUUCUCAGACACCACGAUCUUAUUUGUGCACAUGUGUGGGAAAAUAUGUUGAUGAGGUCAUAAGAUGCCUUCUGAACCAAAGAUGAAACCCCUUUAGACAGCGAAACACAUACUCAACUUGAAAGUGAAGUUCUCAGAUGCAUGUUGUAUACAGUUAAUUAGCAUCAUAGAUUAGUCAAUUCAUCUGCUUGUUAAACCACAAGAAACCCACCUUUAUUACAAAUAGCCCAGACACAAGCGGUUUUAAAGCAAAGCACAAAUACUAGAUUUCUUGUUUAGGUAUGUCCUGCAAAAGUGGGGAAAAUACCAUUUAUUCCUUUAUGGAUUUCUAAGGACUUUGUUUUAAGUUAACAUGUUUCAAUCAUUGUUUCUUUCUUUUGCAAAUACAAUGCAAUUGAGCUACUGGGUUUGAUUUCUUUUAAAGUGACACCAUGAUAACAGUAAACAGGGAGUUCUGAUGAUUUUACCUGGAUAUCUGUGGAGAAUUUUAGAUGUUUCUUUUUUUAAUGGUUUUUCACUCCUGAUCAUCCACAGGCUCUUUUAGAUAUUUCAAUUGUGAAGAAUCGUUAUCUUACUAGAGUAACCCAUGAUUUAAAAAAAAAAAAUCAAAUAUAGCCAUCAAAUGCAUGUAUUUUUAACUUUUAUUUAAUUGUAUUCUUGUUUUUGUUUUAUUAGUUUAAAUUAGUUUUGAAGUCUGCUGUGUAGUCCCCUUUUUAUGAAAUGUUACAAAAAAAAGACUGCACCUGAAAUUUGUUUUAAAGUGUCCAUCAAAAAUUAUUAUCCUCUGUUAAUUUAAACAACACUGAUUUUAAUAUAAUAGAAUGAGAUAUUAUUGUUUUAUAAUUUUAUGAUGGAAUUUUUUCUUUACCAUUAAUGUGGUUUAGGAAAAUUGUUUCUUGUGUUUCAAACAUUUUAAUUCCAUCCUGUGUUUGUCUUCAGCUGAAUGUGAUCCUGCAGUAUGGCUUGAAGCUGCUGGAAGGUUUUAAAAGCAAAACAAACAAAAAAAAACAGUGCAUCCAAUCUUUUUUAAGACUAAAGCUAAGCAAGUGUCCUCUAUUCCUUUCAGAUCUUUGCUGAAGCAGAGCCAUAUGGAGUAAAGCUUGUUAUAUUUUGUAAAACUAAAGCUAGUUUUAAGAUAGUUAAUUUACAGAUCUGAUUUAUUUUUAAUUUGUUUUCCUCUUAAUUGUACAUACCUCUGUAAAUAGUUGCUAUUUGAUGUUAGACUGCUAGACUACUUUAACCAAACCUGAUUUUUCUUUGUUUUAUAUUUUUUCCCCAUUUUGGUUGCGUCGUUUUAGAUAAAAGUACAAAAGUACAAUUACAAUAAAUAUAUAAACAUUUGUACCAUUUUCCAGGAUGUUGUCUUUGGUUACAAUGUAAAUAAUUUUACCUUGAAUAAAUACUUGCUACUUUCA